AUGUAGGAAUUAUUUAAGGCCUUCCGGUCCACAUCCAAGGGCUGCGGGGCUGGGGCAGGUCACAAAGGGAAGGCAGCAGGUCGUGGCACAGCUGCAGUUAACCGUCGCGGUCCCGGUUCCCUCGGGUCUAAAACAGGGUCUGACUAACUUCACGCCGGACACAGGCUUCAGUCACUUCAGCGACGCCAUAGAGGAAAGCGUUUGCUCACCAUCCUCCCGUGUGCCUGGACAUCGAGAGAGAAAGGCAGGGCGCAUUCACGUAUCAUUAAAUCUGCUGAGUUGUUUUAAUCCACUCAAGAUUCGAAAGAGAAAAGGCCCGGCAUUGUGGCUCGACGUAUAUUUCCCUCCAGAGGACCAACUCGGUGGCCCUGGAGUCCUCCCGCUUGUAAAACGCGCGCGGGGUAGCGCGCAGUACUCGCGGGGCCUGAACGCCUUCACUUCCGCCGCCCAGGGCCGACUUUUAAGGGCGUCCUCGCCGACUGCUGGCCCGCUCUCCGGGUUACCGUACGGGUCCGCAGUCUCGCCACGUCCGCCCCCAGCUCCGCUGUCCUCCCUGGGCUUCCUGGGGGGUCGGCGGGCAGCCCUCCUCGGCGGACGCGGCCCGGGCCCCCUAACCCACACGGUCCUCCUUAAGGAGCUUGCGCAGCCCGGAGUAGAGGCGGGUGUUUUGUUCUCAUAAGGAGGUAAAAGUUUCGGUGACAUCAGGAAAUGAGUAACUCCGGGGCCCAUUAGAGCCACGCGGAUGGAGGCCCGAGGGCGGGAGCCGGCUGGGGCAUCGCCGCCCCUGGCCCUCUAACUGCCUGGCCGGACGCUCCGCCGCAGCCGCGGUAGAACCGCGGCGACCCGGCCCAGGGACCCGCGCGUGCAGCCUGGGCUUGCGCGUCCUUCCCGCCACGGGGAGCGGGACGAAGACGGAGGAAAGCCCCAGCAUGGCACUGGAGCUCUUCCGGGUGUGUCUGGUGGUGGUGACAGCCAUCGUCAACCACCCUCUGCUUUUCCCUCGGGAGAACACCACCGUGCCCGAGAAUGAGGAGGAGAUCAUCCGCAAGAUGCAGGCGUACCAGGAGGAGCUGCAGCUGGAGCAGCUACGCCUGGAGGAGGACGUGGCACGGCUGGCGGCCGAGAAGGAGGCCCUGGAGCAGGUGGCGGAGGAGGGCCGGCAGCAGAAUGAGAACCGCAUCACCUGGGACCUGUGGAGCACCCUCUGCAUGAUCCUCUUCCUGGUGAUCGAGUUGUGGCGGCAGGACCACCAGGACGGGCCCUCACCCGAGUGCCUGGGUGGCACCGAGGACGAGCUGCCUGGCCUGGAGGGUGCACCCCUCCGGGGCCUCACCCUGCCCAACAAGGCCAUGCUAGACCACUUUCAUGAGCGUUGCAUACGGGGAGCCACAGCCGAUGCGACUCGUACACGCGAGUUCGUGGAAGGCUUUGUGGAUGACUUGCUGGAAGCUCUGAGAAGCCUCUGCAACCGGGACACAGACAUGGAGGUGGAGGAUUUCAUUGGCGUGGACAGCAUGUAUGAGAACUGGCAGGUGGACAGGCCGCUGCUGUGCAAACUCUUUGUGCCCUUCAUGCCCCCAGAGCCCUACCACUUCCAUCCAGAGCUCUGGUGCUCCAACCAUUCCGUGCCCUUGGAUCGCCAGGGUUAUGGCCAGAUUAAGGUGGUCCGGGCUGACGAGGAUAUGCUGGGCUGCAUCUGCGGCAAGACCAAACUUGGGGAGGACAUGCUGUGUCUCCUCCACGGCAAAAACAACUCAGUGCAGCCUGGCUGCGAGGCAGAAGACCCACUGUGUGCCCGAGAUUCCCCAUAUCUGGACACAGUGCAGGUCAUGAAGUGGUUUCAGACAGCUCUCACCAGAGCCUGGCACCGCAUUGCCCACAAAUAUGAGUUUGACCUGGCCUUUAACCAGCUGGACACCCCAGGGUCCCUCAAGAUCAGGUUCCGCUCAGGCAAGUUCAUGCCUUUCAAUGUGAUUCCUGUGAUCCACUGUGAUGACUCGGACCUGUACUUUGUCUCCCACCUUCCCAGGGAGCCCUCUGGGGGGACCCCAGCAUCCAGCACUGACUGGCUCUUGUCCUUCGCUGUCUACGAGCGACACUUCCUUAGAACAAUGUCAAAGAGGCUGCCUGAGGGUGCCUGCCACCUCACCUGCUUGCAGAUCACCUCCUUCCUGCUCUCCAAGCAGAGCCGCCUAACCGGCCCCAGCGGACUUGGCGGCUACUACGUGAAGACAGCCCUGUUGCACCUCCUGCUCUCCCGGCAGGCUGCUGACUGGAAGGCUGAGCAGCUGGAUGUGCGUCUGCAUGAGCUGCUCUGCUUCCUGGAGAAGAGCCUACUGGAGAAGAAGCUCCAUCACUUCUUUAUUGGCAACCGAAAGGUACCCAACACCGUGGGACUGCCCGAGGCCAUUCGCAGGGCCGAGCCUCUCAACCUCUUCCUGCCGUUCGUCCUGCAGCGAAGUCUCUACCGCAAGACGGUGGACUCGUUCUAUGAGCUGCUCAAGAACGCACCAGCACUCAUUAGCGAGUAUUCCCUACAUAUCCCCUCAGACCAUGCAAGCCUGCCCCAAAAAGCUGCUGUCUAAUAGCCCAUCCAGGACCCAGGACGCACAUCCACACCUCAGGGGCAUCAGCAGGCCCCGUCCUGGAAGAAUGGCAGGCUUUGCUGGGAGCCUUGGCUCCCAGAGAAGCCAGGCCCUAUGGUGCAGGGGAAACAGAAUUCCAAGCCAGAAGCUGGAUUGCUUUCAUGCCAUGGGAGUCUGCUGGUGAGGCUUUGUCUGGGUUUGGAGACCAAUCCUUACAACUUGCUUUUGGAUCCCCAGGAAUGGCCAGGAUGAUGACAGAACACUCUGGACACUGAAUUAAUGACAUACAAACAUUCAUUUGGGUAUGAUUCUUUUUACAUCCCAGGUCAGUCUUUACUUAAAUAUCAUAGAGGAUCUACAGGAAUGCAAAUGGAUCCAUGUUAAGACCACACACCCUGAUUUCCAAUAACACUUGGCCCUAGGCAUCUGCAACCAAAGCACUAAUAGGGACACAUGUGGGGAUUUCCAGCCUUCAUUCAUAGUCCACACAAUAGGGGUCCCACUGUGGUUACUAUUUUUUAUACUAUUUGGAGAAAAGACCUGGUGGAGAUUCAAGGCCCCAGUGGCUAACAUCUCUUGCACAGAAGUGGUGCUUGGUGGCUGAGAGAGGUUUAAGUUGGCCACUUUUUCAGCUAAAAAUCUCACUUGGUGCAUUCCCUUCUCUCUGCUCCUUCCCCCAACAUGCUGUGUCCAAGCCCUGUGGGUCCCACAUACCAUGUUGGGUAUAAGUCCAGCAGCCCCUCACUCCUCAUUAUUCUCUCCACAGAUGGUCUCUCUGACCAUCAGUGUGGUGGGGGGCUGAGGGGGUUGCAGCUACUAAAGGUAAAAGCUGAAAGAGAGACACAGGGUGACUGGGGCAAAGGACAGAGCCUGGUACCCAGGGUGCUGAGUUAUAGCUCACAGUCUGGCCUCUGAUGCCCAGAUCAGACAAAGUGCAGAGCUAAGAGGUGAGAGAAGCCGCAGCCCUGAGUUUUCCUCAGGAUCCCAAUCCUAGAGCAGGACAUGACUGGAAACAAGAGCCACUGUGGAAACCUGGCUCCAUCUGUAGGCCCCAAGCUGUUCACUCCAGUGAGGCUCCCUCACCACACAGAACCCCCCUUUCUAGAUGAGCCUUGCCAGCCACAUAGAUGACCAGGACCCAAAGAGCCCAACAGAGGGCCGGCUGACUGGGAACACAUAGGGCAGCCCUCGCGGCCCAGCCCGCGGGCCUUGGCCUCGUCUCCAGCCUGGGUCAGCGGGGUUGGGAAGUCCCUCCCUCCACUGGUGGCAUCACUGGCCCAUGGGGGGUUACUCUCUCAGCGUUACCUCAGUAGCCCUUGUGAGGGCCAAGGAGGAAGCAAGAAUGAGGGCACCUGCACCAGCACUAGGUUCUCCUGCCAGAGUUCAAGCUGGCCGUGCCUCCUAGACGCCAUGCUCACUUACAGGGGGUGUCAGGCUCACCAGGACCUGAAGAAGGAUCCUACUCCAGAGGUGCUCUCGCCUGCCUCGGAGUGUUCUAGAGAACGGACAGUCUGCCUGACAGCGCUAACUCACAGCGGGAGGCUGGGCUCUGCUGGCAUGGAAGCCUGUAGGAAGCCUUGCAUGUGAGCUGGAGUCAGACUGAGCUCCAGAGAAUGAGCCUGCCCACAUGGUCUCCCACUGAAGCCCCAAGCC